UCGGCAAUGAGAAGUGUAAAGGUAGCUUCUACGGCUAUAAAUAAUUCGACUUUCUGGAAAUGCAUUUCCUUCCUUAUUACAUAUGUUACACUAAAUAACAAGUUGUCAGCAAACAAUUAUGUUUGUUAUGUCUGACAAUAAAUAGUUCGUGUACUUGCUGGUUUUACGCAAGAGAAAACAGAAGAUAAACUGAAAUCUUUGAAAAUACAACUUGUUGAAUAGAUCUAAAAAGUACAGUCUGAGUUGAAAUACUGUAGAUUAAAAUCACAAUAUGGAGCUGAGACCAUCAGAAAUAUUUUACUCGCAAGAUUCCAUUAUGAACAGAUUUGGUGGUUAUACAAACCAUGGACAUUUAUAUAUAGGUGAAACAUUAGACCAAUUAUUACAAGGCUAUUGCAAUGUGAGAAGCAUACCUACUAUUUCUGUGGUGAAUAAGUACGGGAAAUGGUAUACAUCAGACAAUCGACGACUGUGGGUGUUCCGAAAGGCUCAGGAGAUUGGCUUCCUAGAAACUAUUAAUGUGAAUCAAUCGUACUACUUAAACGAAGAUAAAUUUACAACGGAAAACGGUGGAACGUCUAUUCGUGUCCGUGGUGGAACACCUGGCGGCAGUUUAUGGAGAUCGUGGAGACCAAAAAGACCAAAUUCAAGCGUUCAACGAUCGACUCCAACAAGCUAUAAUUUGAAUACAAGUAACGUCUUGUCUUCCCAAAAAAAUACAAGUCCGUCUUAUCCUGUCAGUAAUCAAACUACGAAACUUUACCAUGAAAACACGUCUUUUAGUAACAGAUCUAGCAUGUCAAGUGUCAACUCAAACCGAAGUGAACAAAGAAAAACAAAUCCGAUAACAAGUUCUACUAUUGCCCAGGGUUAUAUGGGUCAAUUUCAGUCAGGUUAUGGUCGCACCACUACAUAUCAGCCACCGAGUCUACCCAUAGUCCCAAAUCCUACUCACAUUAAAACAAAUAGGAUAUCGAGUCCAACAAUUCAAAAUCGGAGCAACUAUUCCGGUAGCUAUAGAGAUGACUCGUCGAAUGUCGACAACAUACAUAAUUACACCAAUUCCACCAAUACACGGACGACGGAAACCAAUAGCCCGUAUCCGUCAUAUGGACGUAGGUUAAAUUAUGAAGAUAGGUCGACGGAUCGUGUUCCUUCAAGGUCGUCUAGUAGACACGAACCUCGACAUAAUUUAAAUAACGAACAAUCUUUCAAAGCUGAACGUGACAUAGAUAGAGGUUGUUGUACAAUUUUAUAACAAUUUCUAACUUUCGUUUACUUCAGUACAGACUAGAGAUUUGAACUGGCAUGAUUUAAUAGUGGAAUGAUACUUGAGAAAAUUUCAAUGAACUUAAAAAUGUAAAAUUUUCAUAAUUCCUGUGUGUUUUCGGUUGUGUUGUUUUUUAUAUAAUUUUAAGUUUUUUUCCUUUCGUUUUUUGUUACUUCUAGACUUUUUAUAUUUGAUAUCUUUAGGCUAGCAAAACUCAAAAUGCGUAGAUGGUGUAAAUUAUAUUCAACAUUUUGAAAUUCUGCAUCAGCAUUGAACCAUCAAUUUUGUGAUAGCAUAGAUUUAUCAAAAUACACUUUAUAUUGUCUGUUCAUAAAAAUCAAAUUUAUUUAGAAAUACAUAUCAAAAUAUACAUUCAAAAUAUUAAUAAAUGUUUUUUAUAUAAUUUUAAGUUUAUAUAAAACUUAUUGACAAAAUA